GCAUACGCGUGAACUGGGAUACCCCCGGCGGAAUUCCAUAGGGCAGGAUGAAUAUAAGGAGGGGGGAUUUUUUGCGAUUAUUUCCUGAGAUGUAAACGCGAUGACCUCAGUACUUCGGUCUUAUUUUCUUUCCCAGAAGCAAAGUUAUUUCCCUAGACCACUCAAAGAGACAGAAAAACACGUUAUUAGCUUGGUUUUCCACGAAAGCGAUGCUGGACAUAAAGGGUAUCUCUCAAGAGAAGACUUGAAAGUUGCAACGGUUUCACUCUUUGGAUACAAACCCUCUAAGUAUGAAGUGGACAAAAUGUUUUUUAGAGGACAAGCCGAAGAGGAAGAAUUGGCACCAUUAUCUUAACCAUGUUACAAUGGAGAUCAGGCCUAUCCAACUACCAGAUGCGGCACCAAAGCAUCCAGAAUUCACUGGUAGAUCGGAUUGCUCUUCUGGUU